CUUGCCUCUCCUGCUCCGUGCUGCUCGGAUAGUUCAUCUCGAACCCGGAGGGCCUUGGUUUACCAAAAGAAACGAAAAACGGGAGGAACAAAGUAUCGCAACGCGGCACGGGUGUCUUCUAGGCCGUCCGGUUCCCAGGCUCUAGGACCAGGACGGAACCCUGGGGACCCAAUCCGAUCACAAACUCAACUUCUCCCCAACCCUCGAUUUGGCAGGCCGUCAAGCCUAUAGAGAUGUGGAUAGCCCUUCUGCUCGCCCUCUUCUCUACACUUACACUUAUUUUCAUGUUUCAUCGCAUUAUUUGGCCUCAUAAGGCCCUCCGCAAGCGACGCAAGGAGAAGGAAUUUGCAACGAAGGGAAAAGUUCAGAUAGCCCGUCCACCGGGCGACGCGAACGUACCCGAUAAUCCGGCCUCAUCUUCCAAGGCCGAAAAGCGAACCAUACGGUCUAGGAUCGCAAAGAUAAUGAAGAUUAAGGCGAAUGGAAAGGGUAAGAGCAGCGGGAUGCCGUUGAAUCCUCGCUCCCCUGUCUUCCAGCCAUUGGCGCAGCCACAGCACGCAACACCGUCGUCCUCCAGCGCAGAUAUUAGGCCUUUAUGGCUAAGUCAUGAGGGAGAUGCAGGAUUAGCAUACAACGACCUAGACUCUGCCCGUUCACCGGUCACGUCAGUGGAUGGAAACGCCGUCUCGGGGUCUUUGAACACACAAUUGUGGCAAGCCCCAGACCAUCAUAUCAAUAACAGAACGCCGACUGCAUGGGUAGCAUCUCGGCCUUACGAUCUUACCACCGUCCAGACAUUCCAUCCCAUAUCGAAGCUGCUAACUUACCAUCACAGCCUCGUUCUGGGCCGUUCUCAAAGGCCGUUACCAACACCACUAUUCCCUCCGUACGUGCCGUCAAUGUUUGCCCUCAACUAAUAACUUUCAAAAAGCUCAUAGCCAAGUCAGCC